UUUGUAAGCGGGCGUCGGUGGCGCAACAAUCAGGACUCGCGAUCAGCUCCCCGGUGUUUUGUGAUUAGGAAAGUGUGUUCUACGAAGACGGUUCCAGGAUGAACGUGGAGUUUGUCCACGAGCGGAGCAGCCUGGCGGCGCUGGCCAUGCCGACGGUGAUCGUGAUGACUCUGGUACUGGUGGCCAGCGUCCUGUUUCACGUGUGGAUGCAGUCGCGCCGGUACGUCAAGCUGGGGAACCUGAUGCCGGGUCCGAGGGCGUACCCGCUGAUCGGGAACGCCAACAUGCUGCUGGGGAAGAGCCACGACGAGAUCAUGAAGCGGGCGAUCGAGCUGAGCUUCGUGUACGGCAGUGUGGCCCGAGGAUGGCUCGGAUACCAUCUGGUGGUGUUCCUGACGGAACCUGCGGAUAUUGAACUCAUCCUGAACAGUUACGUGCAUCUGACCAAGUCGAACGAGUACCGGUUCUUCAAGCCGUGGCUCGGAGAUGGUCUGCUGAUCAGCAGCGGGGACAAGUGGAAGUCCCACCGGAAGCUGAUCGCGCCGGCGUUCCACCAGAACGUGCUGAAGACCUUUAUCGACGUGUUCAACGACAACAGUCUGGCGGUGGUCGAGCGGAUGCGCAAGGAGGUCGGCAAGGUGUUCGACGUGCACGACUACAUGAGCGAGGUGACGGUGGACAUCCUGCUGGAGACGGCCAUGGGAUCGAACCGGACCGGGGAGAACAAGGAGGGAUUCGACUAUGCGAUGGCUGUUAUGAAAAUGUGCGACAUCCUGCACUCGCGCCAGAUCAAGAUCCACCUCCGCAUGGAUCCGAUCUUCAACAUGACCAAGACCAAGAAGGAACAGGAACGUCUGCUCGGGAUCAUCCACGGGCUGACGCGCAAGGUCGUCAAGCAAAAGAAGGAACUGUUCGAGAAGAACCUCGCCGAGGGUAAGCUCCCCUCGCCGUCGCUGUCGGAGAUCAUCGGCAAGGAGGAAGAGAGUUCCAAGAUAGAGGAACCUGCCGUGAUCUCGCAGGGCUCGAUGCUGCGGGAUGAUUUGGACGCCAUUGAUGAGAACGAUAUCGGGGAGAAGCGACGGUUGGCGUUUUUGGAUCUGAUGAUCGAGACGGCGAAGACUGGAGCGGAUUUGAGCGACGAGGAGAUCAAGGAGGAGGUCGAUACGAUCAUGUUUGAGGGGCACGACACUACGGCUGCCGGGUCGAGUUUCGUGCUUUGUUUGUUGGGCAUCCACCAGGACAUUCAGGACAGGGUUUACAAAGAGAUCAAGCAGAUUUUCGGGGAUUCAAAGAGAAAGGCCACCUUCAACGAUACCAUGGAGAUGAAGUACCUGGAGCGGGUUAUCUUCGAAACGUUGCGAAUGUAUCCGCCAGUACCGGCGAUCGCUCGUAAGCUGACCCAAGAGGUACGACUGGCCUCGCACGACUACGUCGUCCCGUCGGGAACCACCAUUGUCAUCGGAACGUACAAGCUGCACCGCCGCGAGGAUAUCUACCCCAACCCGGACGUGUUCAAUCCGGACAAUUUCCUGCCGGAGCGUACCUCCAACCGGCACUACUACAGCUACAUCCCGUUCAGUGCGGGCCCGCGAAGCUGCGUCGGUAGGAAAUACGCCAUGCUGAAGCUGAAGGUGCUCCUCACAACGAUCCUGCGCAACUACCGGGUCGUGUCCAACCUGAAGGAGUCCGACUUUAAGCUGCAGGCGGACAUCAUCCUGAAGCGCACGGACGGGUUCCGAAUCCAGCUGGAGCCGAGAGUUUAAGCCACGACCACUGACCGAGGAACGAAAACACGAGGGAAGUACCCCGCGUAAGAUAAGAGGGACACCAUCGCUCGGCGUCGCUCGUCAACGAUGUCGCCGCGACUGAUGGAUCCCCGAUUGUGUAGGAACUGCGACUGGAAGGGACCGAUACAGGACCGAAUAACUGCGCAUGCUUAAUCGAUUGUGUUGUCUAGCUUUAUGAUAGUGUUAAUUGAAUUGUUUGGUUCCAGCAACAACCUUUCUCUAGGAAAAACAAAAAUGAAGAAGAGUCCUAUCCCUCUGUUCAAACUACGAAGCCUAUUCCUCCUUUAGUUUGCUAUUUAUUCACCUUUCCUAACCUUCAAAACGAGCACAUUGGAGAGAUAAUAAAACCUUCUCUCGCAA